GGUCAGUCUGUGUUUAAAUUUCUCCUGAGAAUACACGCGCGCGAGUACCGAAACGCGUUCGCACAUUACCCCGUGGUGUUAACUCUUUCUCCAACGUUCGAGAGAAGAAAAGAAAAACAGUGCAACCGAAGAAAGGAAACCAUCCGAGGAAAAAAGCUCUCGCGAUUUCCGCGUGUCAGUGUGAAAAAGCAGAAAAUCCAGAAAACCAAAGCCUCGUAAGCAUCCGCGAUCUCCAGUUCGAUUUUGCAACUCUUUGGUGUCAUCUCGUCGCGGUAAUUUCGGACAGUGGUAGCAAUUUUGCGGUCAGCAGUGCAGCUGGAAAUUUGCGGUUUUGAGAAGCAGAUUUUCAAGUGCCUACCGAUAAUCUUAUAACGCUGGGCAUCACUUGUUACGAAAGCAGCUACCACUCGCACUGCCACAACACUUGAAAAAAAAUGAAAGUAACGUUAGCAGCGGUUUUACUGAUUUGCAUUAGUAUGAUCGAGGGUCGGACAAAGGCGGAAAAGAGAAAGGAUUAUGAAUUCGACUAUGAUGCAGCGGCAACCGGAGCACAAUACGGUGGAUCGUAUUCCCCCAAGUCGGGAUACAGUGCCGGAAGUGGACUGCGCUCGAUUGCGCAAGGCUCGGCCGAUCAAGCGGGCUCGGCCGUAGCGAACCAACACGCGGCUGCCAAACAAGCAGCUUACGUUGCGCAAAACACGCUUGCCCAAGCGGCGGCACAGGCGGCCGCGACUGCCCAAGCAGCUCUUCAUGGCAAACAAGUUUUACUGCAAGGUCUGGAACAGCAGAGCCUGGAAGCCCACCAGGCACUGGAUGCCGAGAUACAACAGUUGCAGCAGGCCAAACGGUCGGCAAAGGCGGCACAACAUGCAGCCCAGCAGGCGCUUAACCACGUGCAGGUGCUAACGGCUGCUCUGAACAAUGCACAGGUCGCUUCAGAGCAUGCCCAGCAAGCUGCAAGUGAGGCUGCUGCUGAACUCGCAUCACAAACCCAGAUGGUUGGUGCAGCCAAGUCACGAGUGGAAUCGAUCGAGGAACAACUGAACGCGGCCCGAGUGGACUUCGAGGCCACGCAGGAAGCAGCCCACAAAGCAUCCGCCUCGGCCCAGGAAGCACAGAACAAUGCUGCUGAAGCUGCGGCUCAUGCUGCUCUCACACACCGCACUGGUGUCGUGGACCAUCAGUUACAAGCGAAAUCAUUCAAAACUCAAAACGCACACCAGAAUGGAGACGAUAUCAACAGUGCCGAAAACGAGGCACCAUCCAAUCAUAAGUAUAAUGAUUUCAAACCCUCCCAACAAGGCUACAACUACCCUGGAUAUUAGCAGCUGUGAACCAUUAAGGUUUAACAAACUCUCUAUGUUUUAAUAGAAGAAAGAAAUGUAUGAGCAGACUACGAUCAAUGAUCACCGGAUAGCAUCGCUGUAUUACGCGGUGAACUUGACGAGCCUUUGCGUAGGAAAACAACAAUCUGCGCAAGCCGCUUAAACCGGAUAAACGUGAAAUCGAAAGUUUUGCAUCGGACGCUAUUAUCGGAUAACAUGUACCUACCUAUAAAGUUGUAGUAGUUGAUUUCAAUUUCUUUAAGCCUGUCCUUCCUAGACCACUAGUUAUUUGCGGCAAGUAGUAGAGCCUUACUGGUCGGUCAUGAUGCGACGUUGUCAUUUGUAUAUUUUAUUUUGUCAACCCUUGGCAGUCGAAUUCACACGCAAUUCGAUCUAGUGAAAUUCACUCAAACCUAGUUUCGUACACGAUAGAAAUUAAUUUAUUUAUUUCGAAAUUGCUGUUAAUUGUAUCUCGUACUAAUUUAAACAUGUUUUUAUGCCAGGGAAUAUGUUUGUUGCU